GCACCUAACACAAAGUUAGGCCAAGAAGUUGCUGUUUUUAUAGAAAACUGCACAUGGUAGCUAAAUUUGAUGUGGUUAUAGCCCUGAUAGGAUAUUUGGGUUUUUAUGAGUGAAGUUUGCUUCCCUGUGUGCUGCACAUAGCUGUGCUAGCAGAAUUAUGAAGUUCUGUCAGCACUCAUCUCUACCACAGGAGAUACCUUCCUUAGUUUAAGUUUUCCUGCAAUUUUCCCUUUGAUUUUAUGCUUUGUGCAGUUGAGCCACCUGGGCCAGUUGCCCACAGGCACCUUCCUGUGAGAUACUAAAAAGUCACAGGCAAAACCCACGGAAAUAAUUCUGGGCAACCAAUUUAGGGUGGCCCUGGUUGAGAAGGGGGCUGGACAAGGUGACCUCCAGCACCAGCCAUUCCCUGACUCACUCCAACAGGGUGUCCAUAGCCCUGCCCUCUGUUAUACAGUCUCUGAGCAGGUCAUAGUCCAGAGGAGAUUCAGCACUCAGUAAAUUUACAUUCCUUAUCUUUUCCUGCUGCUGAUUUGCUCCAUGGUAAAACUGGUUGCUUUAUGUUCUCAUAAAGGUCCUUCUCAAGUCCAUCUGAUAAGGAAGCUCUGCUGCCUGGUAACUGCUGCAGACACUGCUCAGGUCUCCCCAGCCCUGCAGGAAGAUUUCUUUCCUCAGGCUUCCCUCCCCCGUGAGGAUGAUUUUGAGCUGCUACACCUGAGAGUGGCCACAGAUCAAUCCUGUAACUAAAUUACACCCACAUAUUGAAGGCUUUUACAGAACAUGUCUCUCUUGUCAGGAGGAACUCAGCAGAAACAGACACAUUUUCCUCAGUAAAAUAAGUACUGACCAACUGUGGAAUUCCUUCUUGCUCCCACACAUAAAAGCCUCAAAAAGCAAGAGGAUCACAUGCUGCUUUAGUAAAAUUCACGCUGGCAGACAGGUGAAAUUAAAUUGCUGCUUUUAUUCUCCCUGCAUGCUGCUCUGUAUGGUUUCCUCCUGAGUCCUCACAGCUCUCAGGAUUUUGGAUUUUGGUGGCCAGAUGCUUGUUGAGCAUCAUCACCAGCUCAGCAGUGACACAACCCCAUCACCGACCUCGGAUGCUGUCACUGCCAAGGACACAUUUGGGCAGAUUUUGUGAUUUCUUUCUGCUUUGCUUCUCCCUUCUCUCACAUGGAAGUGCAAGUGUUUCCUCUGAGCACACGUGUGUGCCCAUCCCAGUGUUUGUGUGUGUGUGUGUGUGUGUGUGUGUGUGUGUGUGCCCAUCCCAGUGUUCCUGAGCUCCCCAGCAGCUCCAUGGAUCUGUCUGGCUGGGGUGACCUCUCAGCUGGCAGCGAUUCCUUUCCCAGCAAAUUGCACAUUCUCCUCCCUCCGUGUGAGUUAUUAAAACCAGAUGUGCAGAGAGAGCUCUGCUGUGAUGCACUUUUGUGGGCUGAUUUCAUUCCUUGGCUGCAACGGUGGGAUGCCUCCAAUGAAAGCUGGGGGACAAGCCCAGGAGGAUUUAAACCCAUUAGUCUGAGCUAAACUCCCGGGCCUGAAUCUCUGUUGAUAUCACAGUAAAUUAGAUGUAACACAACUAGAGCAAACUGAGCUAAAUCAGUGCAAGUCUGGAAUGAGAAAGGGGUAAGAGAGACGAGAUCUUGUCUUGGAUUUAUCCGUUUGUUCUUUGUAGGCUGUUCUGUGGGUCUUAAUGAAUCAUUAAGAAAUCAUCAUGGAAAGAAGAAGCAGCUUUGUGUUGUUCCUGGAUCAGCUUCAUUUUGAAACACAGGAAUCUGAGAAAUAAGCUUGUAAUCUCAUGCAAGACCAUGAGGAGGAAAAGGCACUCUGGCAUUUAAUGGAUGUAUUUAUAGGAAGGUCAUCUCACAGCCUGCAUCUGACUCAAAGUCGAAGCCAUCUGGGAAUGUUUCUAUGGGUGACGACCACAUUCCAGGAAGCGUCACAGCAUCCUGCAGUCCUGUGGGAUGGGGGUUGCUUUGGGCUCUCAUUUGGCUCGUGGUGGGUCUGGAAGAAGAAAGCCACAGCCAGAGUUCAGUGUGUCAUGAUGUGACACCCCUUCUCGAUGUUUUAGGACCAGUGGUUAACUAAACUCUUGGGAUUUACCCUGGAACGUGCCCCUGCUGACAAGGUGUGGAUUAGAAGAGCUUUUUAUCAUUUUGUUGGUUAAUGAGAUUCUCUAGUUGGGCUCUAGACCACAUAAAUGGCUUUGUAAAGCAUCAAGAGUACAGGUGAGAAUCCUUGCAGCAGCAUCCUCUGGGGAAGGCUAUUGAGGCAGUGGGUGCUGGAUGUCAUCCUGUGCUGGUGCUGUGGGAAAUGAUCUUGCUGCCUCCUCGGGGCUGUUCAGAGAGGGAGAGAAAGAACUAAAACAUGUGGUGUGGGUUGAUGUCCUCUGUCUCUCAGAGGUCCUGUUUUGUGAGUGGUAAGUGAAGCAGUAUUGGGGUGUGUGCAUGGUCCCAAGAACAGUCAGUUGUAGGGGUGGCCAGUCUGUGCUCCCAGGAGAAGCCUCUCCAAGAUUUGCACACCUUUGGAGAACCAGCCCAUUAAGAAAUGGGCACAAGAAGCAAAUUAAGUGACCAGUGGCCUGAGUGUUUCUGAACUGGGGCUGCUUUGUGCUGUUCCCUGUGCUCGUGAUGAGCAGCUGAUUUUGUAGGGUCACAUUUACACAGUUUAUGCUGCCUCGUAACUGGGGGGUAUGAACUUGUGUGAGGAGAUCUGGCUUCCCACAGGAACAGUUGAGCUCAGCUGUUUCCAGGCACUUUUGCUUGUCCUGGGGCUGACUGAGGGAGCCUGUGGCAAACCUCACAACUGCACCAUGGGCUCUGGCACUGCCAGGGGCAAAUCCACCUCGUCCCCUGAGCUGUGAGAGGGCUGUGGUUGGGAGCCACAAGGCAUUGGCUCUAUAUGUGCAGGCAGGGGUUAAGCAUUCUGAAUUUGCAAUAGCCAGGCAGCUUUCCCAUAUAAGAGCACUGCACUCAUUGGCUCUCUCUUUUACUGAGAAAUCUAUCUAGUCAUUUCCUGUGCAAGCCCUCCUUCACUUUGCAAAAAGCCAUACAGUUGAGUAAAUAACAGGAAUCUGUGACUAUUCCUUGGAUUCUCUCAUGGACCAUCACCAGCCAGGAGUUCAAAGCUGUGCCAUUAGCAGACUGCUAAUAUGAACAUGGUCUUCUCUGCAGAAGAGGAGGAUUCUCACCCAUGGAUGUAAAUAAUUUUGGGUCUGCUUUCAUGCUUAUUAACACUUGUUGGUAUUGGACUUGGUUUCUACUGAGAGAUCAUUUACCCUCUGAAGGCUCUGUUGGGACUCCUUGUCAGAUCUGUUCUUGGGUGGAGCUUGCAACAACUUGGGGUAAGUGCUGUGCUCUUCCUGUUCUGACAGCAGGGCUUGGUGCUGCACUUCUCAAAACAGCUUGGUGGGGUCUCAGAAAGAAAUAACUCAGUUCUUGAGUGGAGAAGUGGAAGCUGAGCUGGCAAGCAGAGAGCACUCCCUGUGUUUCCCAGGGACGCACCAAGUGGGUGUAGGGUCCUUUUUACGGGACCAUUUUGCUCUUGCUUUUAAACCAGCUGGUCUGUCUGUACAAGACUGACAAUAAAUAACUCUCCCGAGCGCUGCGGAGAGAUGGAAACUGCAGCUGAGAAAUGAUUUGGGGGAAAGGAAGACAGAAAAGGACAAGCAAACUAUUAUGGAAGUACAAAUAGCCCCCCGAAGCAUCGGCAAACGUACCAGUAAGUGUUCUGGGGAAGGAAGUGAGUCUGAAACAGCAUUAUGGGGUGUUUGCCUGUGAGUGGAGAGGAAUGUUUGUCAUUAGAGCGCAGACUAAACUGAAUGUCUGAAUUAUCAUAAACGUUUGUCUUGAAAUCAGCCCUUGGAUUUCUUGCUGUGAGCCGCAUAAAGAUGCUUUGUGGCUGUUUUCUGCCUAAGAACUGUGUUUCUGCACACCCUGAUCUAAGCCAAAUUGCUUAUGCUGUGUCCAUUUACCUCUUUGCUGGUACAGGCUAUGGAGUCUGGCUGUAGUCCCAGCAAGGGAGAUUUCUCCUCAGAGAAAACCUGUUAACCAUUUGGAGGGAGUGCAUGGGAAGGAGACAGAGUUAUUAACAAAAGCUCCGCUGCAGGUUUAGUCCCCCAGCAGGGAACAUCUUUGUUGACCUGCAAGACCAUCUCUCCUAGAAAUGGAUAACUUCACCAACGGGCAGCCGGGCCCGGGGCAGAGGAACAGGUUCAUAGGAUUGCUAGAAACCGAUGACAGUGUCCAGGAAGAUAAACCUGCACCCAGUAAAAAGGAAGAAAGAUCCGGACCUGGAAAGAAAGGAGAGCCACGACCCUUGGAGACACCUUACCAGAAGGAGAGCAGUGAUUUUGCUCCUAAAAUCAAGGUUAAUCUGAAUUAUCGGCCAGGACUCGUCAGCAACCCAAAGGACCCAAAUCGCUUUGACAGGGACCGUGUGUUCAGCGCAGUCACCAGGGGCACCCCCGAGGCACUGGAUGGUUUGUUCGAGUACUUGAGGAGAACCUCCAAAUUUCUCACGGAUUCUGAAUACACAGAUGCAAAGACUGGGAAGACCUGCUUAAUGAAAGCCCUGUUGAACUUAAAAAAUGGAAAGAAUGACACAAUAGCAGUCUUGCUUCAAAUAGACCAAAAGACACGGAAUCCCAGGCCACUUGUCAAUGUGUCGUGCUCUGACUGCUACUACAGAGGCCAGACAGCACUGCACAUUGCCAUAGAGAAAAGGAGCCUCCCUUUAGUGAAGCUGCUGGUGGAGAAUGGAGCUGAUGUCCAUGCCAGAGCCUACGGGGAAUUCUUCAGGAAGAAGAAAGAAGGAGUUUACUUUUAUUUUGGUGAACUUCCCCUCUCCUUGGCUGCUUGUACCAACCAGCUUGAUGUGGUGGACUAUCUCCUAAACAAUCCCCACCAGAAAGCCAGGCUCCAGGAGCAGGACACACAGGGCAACACAGUCCUCCAUGCCCUGGUGAUGAUUGCAGAUGACACUGAGGAGAACACCAAGUUUGUGAGCGCAACGUAUGUUGAGAUCCUGAAGGCAGGUGUGAAGCUUGACCCAACGUGUAAACUGGAGGAGAUAGUGAAUUAUGAUGGGUUAAAUCCUCUGCAGCUCGCUGCCAAGACAGGCAAAGUGGAGAUCUUCAGGCACAUCAUCCAGAGGGAGAUCAAGGACCCCGUGUACCGGCACCUGUCCCGCAAGUUCACGGAGUGGACCUACGGUCCCAUCCACGUGUCCCUCUAUGACCUGUCCUCCUUGGACAGCUUCGAGGAGAACUCUGUGCUGGAGAUCCUGGCCUACAGCAGCGACACCCCGAACCGGUACAAGAUGGUGGUUUUGGAGCCACUGAACAAACUGCUUCAGCAAAAAUGGGAAACUUUUGCUUCCAAGAGAUUCUACUUCAGUUUUGUCUCGUACUUGUCAUUCAUGAUCAUCUUUACAGCCAUAGCCUACUAUCAGCCCUUACGGGUAAAGCCUUCAUUUCCAGUGGAAUUCACAGCUGGAGGCUUCCUGUGGGUCUCUGGACUGAUCAUUAUCUUGUUAGGAGGCAUUUAUCUGAUCUUUGCUCAGAGUCUGUACUUGAGGAGGAGACGCCAGUCCCUGAAGACCAUGUGCUCUGACAGCUGCAUCGAGAUCCUGAUUUUCAUCCAGGCAUUCUCAUUGCUGCUGUCAGCAGUCCUGUAUGGUGCCAGCUCAGAAAACUAUGUGGCAGUGAUGGUGUUCUCCCUGCUUUUGGGGUGGGUGAACACUCUCUAUUACACCCGGGGCUUCCAGCGCACUGGGAUCUACAGUGUCAUGAUACAGAAGACCAUCAUGAGGGAUCUGCUGCGUUUCCUCUUGGUUUACAUGAUCUUCCUCUUCGGCUUUGCUGCGGGUGAGCCCUCGCUCAGCGUUACGGUGUGGGCUGGGCUGCGAGAAGUGGGUUUUUCUGAGGAGAACCUGAAUUCUGUUUUUCUCACAGCUCUGGUCACUCUGAUGGGCGACGCUCCCUCAGUCUCCCAGAACAAGUCCCUGGCUCACCUGGAGAGCACUGGGAGCCACGCCAUGUAUGGGGGGCUGCUCAGCGUCUCCCUGGAGCUCUUCAAGAUCACCAUCGGGAUGGGUGACCUGGAUUUCCACGAACAUGCCAGAUUCAGAUAUUUUGUCAUGCUCCUGCUGCUGCUCUUUGUGAUACUCACUUACAUCCUUCUGCUCAACAUGCUGAUCGCCCUCAUGAGCGAGACAGUCACAGACAUUUCUGGUUACAGCAAGAGCGUCUGGAAGCUGCAGAGGGCUAUUGCUAUUCUAGAAAUAGAGAAGGCCUGGCUGUGGCGCCAGGGUGGGAAGAGGAGAUCUGGCUGCUUCAUGUCAGUGGGGCUCAAUAAGAAAGAUGAGAGGUGGUGUUUCAGAGUAGAGGAAAUUAAAUGGACAGAUUGGGCAAAGGAUGUGGGAGUUCUGAAGGAAGACCCUGGAAACACCAGUGAUUCAGAAAUAAAUCCAGAAGAGACAAGAUCGUGGAAACGGGAACCACAGAAACCUCCGAGAUCAGCUGCCUCAGAGGAGCAGUCACUCCUGAAGCCCCAGCCAUCAGCAACAGAGAUGAUGCCUUUGCAGGGACAAACCAGAGAUCUUUAACAGGUUUUCUGAGUUGCAACCUUGCUCCCAUCUCCAAAGGAGUAGUUCUUCCUAUAGCAGCUGGAAGAAUUGAAGGCAUUAUCAGUAUUAAAGUGCAUUUUGUCGAGGACUGUGGUUCAGCCUGUGGCUUUAAAUACUUUUAUGCACUUUAAUCAUUAAUUUCCUUUGAAGAAACUAUUUUUACUCAACUUUCUCUGCCUGACACUUUCUUACUGCUAUGUCUAAAGAUACAAGAGCAAGAGUGAGCUCCUGGGGCAGUGGGGAGUGGUCUCUGGGAAGGCAGUGCUCCCUGAGCUGUACAGGAAUGAUGCUGAUGCAGUGACCUAGAAAAGAGUGGGUCGACUUAUUCUUUUGCCACAAGAGACUGAACUGAAGUGCUUUGGAAUAAAAAAUGUUGUAGAGUCAUAAAAAGUUGCUCAGGGUGGAGUUGGCUUCUGUGCAAAAUGUUGCUUGUGUGAGGCACGAGCGGACAAAUACUCAGUGUGCAGUCAGCAAGAGCUGCUCUGAGUGUCUGUGGCAGCACCUGCAGUGCUCCGUGGUCAGUCCACAUCAGAAUCCCCAUUUUACAGUAUUGGAAUGAAAUCCUUUGCACAAUGUGCACGUUUGCUUAAAAGCACAAAAGCUGAUGUGGAUUUCCCAGACCUGUAAGUUCACACGGUGAAAUUUGGAGACAUCUGUCUCUCACAGGUUGCUCUGUCUCUGUAAUAAGCAGCAGCAGAAUCCUGCUCGUGGCUCUGAGAGACUGAUGGGCCAAAACUUACUGUGUGGUUGACACUUCCUGUCAGUCUUGGCAGUCUUGGCAUCCUGUCUUGCUGCAAAUGUUUGCAAGGACCUCAUUGCUUUCUGUGACGUGCACCCUGCCCCAGGCAGGAGGGGCAGCCUAAACUCUGUGGAAAAGAGAUAAAAAUGAGCUGUCUCACUUUUCACUAUAUUUAAGUAUAAUAAUGUGAUAUUUCUGUAAACUGUCAAUAUAGCAACUUUGCUUCAUUGAAAA